AUGCUCGCUCAACUCCCUUCAAUGCGCCUGUCCAUACUCACGACGGGCCUACUGGCCCUGUCCACCGUGGACGCUUCCAGCAGCUGCCGGUGCUUCCCCGGCGACGCCUGCUGGCCGUCGCGAGCGGUUUGGUCGCGCUUCAACGAGACGGUGGACGGCCGGCUGAUCGCCACGGUGCCCCUGGGCACCCCUUGCCAUACCCCCAACUACGAUGCCGCCGUGUGCGAAACCCUCCGCGAGGGCUGGACGCAGCCGGAAGAGCAUUAUGAAUCCUCUUCGUCGAUCAUGGCGCCGUGGUUCACCAACGGCACCUGCGACCCCUUCCACCCCGUGUCCAAGCCCUGCACUCUCGGCAACUACGUUCGCUACUCCGUCAACGUCAGCAAGCCCGAGCACAUUUCGAAAACGCUGCAGUUCGCGACCAAGCACAACAUCCGCAUCAUCGUCCGCAACACCGGCCACGACUACAACGGCAAGUCGACCGGCGCCGGCGCGCUGGCCAUCUGGACGCACCAUCUGAAGGACAUCGAGAUCAAGGACUACAAGGACCAGCACUACCAGGGCAAGGCGAUCAAGGUGGGCGCCGGUGUGCAGGGCUUCGAGGCCUACGAGGCGGCAGACGCGCAGGGGCUGGAAGUCGUCGGCGGCGAGUGUCCCACGGUUGGCAUCGCGGGCGGAUACAGCCAGGGCGGCGGGCACUCGGCGCUGGCGUCGCGUCACGGUCUCGCCGCCGACCAGGUGCUGGCGUGGGAGGUGGUCGACGGGUCGGGCCAGUUCAUCACGGCGACGCGCGACAACGAAUACAAGGACCUCUACUGGGCGCUCAGCGGCGGCGGCGGCGGCACCUACGCGGUCGUCUGGUCGAUGACCUCCAAGGCGCACCCGGGCACGCCGGUCUCCGGGCUCAACCUGACCUUCACCAACGCCAACAUCUCCCAGGACACGUUCUACAAGGCCGUGACGCUGUACCACGAGACGCUGCCGGCGAUCGUCGACGCGGGCGCCAUGAGCAUCUGGUACUUUACCAACACCAGCUUCAGCAUCUCGCCGCUGACGGGCCCCAACAUCCCCGUGGCCCAGCUCAAGGCCCUCGUCAAGCCCUUCACGGACGGCCUGACCCAGCUCGGCAUCAAGCACACGCUCUACGCAGCGCAAUUCCCCACCUACCUGUCCCAGUUCAACGGCAUGCAGGCGGCCAUCGAAGUCGGCAUCGCGCAGUAUGGCGGCUGGCUGGUGCCGCGGUCGGUGGUCCGCGAUAACAACGAGGCCCUCACGGCAGCGUACCGCAGCAUCACGGAGGACGGAGCCACAUUUAUUGGUGUGGGUCUGAACGUGUCCAGAGCGCUGGUGGGGGACGUCGACAAUGCGGUGCUGCCCGCGUGGCGCGACGCCCUGAUUGACACCACCAUCACCACCGUGUGGGAGUGGGACCAGCCGGAAAAGAUGCUCGCCAUGCAGAAGAAGAUGACCGACCAAUACAUCCCAGCACUGUCCAGGCUGUCCCCGGAUUCCGGGGCGUACAUGAACGAGGGCGACUUCCGCCAGCCCGACUUCCAGAAGGUCUUCUACGGCGAGAACUACGCCCGGCUGCGGCAGAUCAAGGCCAAAUACGACCCGAACGAACUGUUCUAUGGCAUCACGGCGGUGGGGUCUGACGAGUGGACCGUGCAAUCGGAUGGGCGUCUUUGCCGGGUGUAA